GUUUAAUACCAAACCAAAACCUGCGUUUAAUUCAACAUAAACAACUGUCACAUGACCGAACCUUCAACGCGAAAAGGCUCUGCAGAUACGUCACAGAGUACGCGCUGUACGCAUGCUCACUACUCUACUUCCUGUUCCUGAGUUCCUCCCAAUAGUUUCCGUUCCCGGAGUGCCCCGCGUUGAAUCAUGGACCAUAAUGAUAAUGAUCUACAAGGCACUAACAGUAUGGGGUCCCUGAGUGGCCUGGAUGUCCGUCGACGAAUACCAAUAAAGCUCAUCUCAAAACAUCCAAACAAAAGUAAACCACCUCCUCGGCCCCAAAGAAACAUGAACAGAAUGCCAACAAAGCCUCAGCCAGGUGAAGAAGAAGGUUUUGAUUAUAAUGAAGAAGAGCGGUAUGAGAAUAAAGGAGGUGACAUGUUUAAUAAUCAGAGGAGAUUUCCUGCUCACGUCUUUUGGGACUUUAAGCUUAAUCUCAUUGGAGAAAAAGAAGACACUCCUAUUCAUUUUUGUGACAAAUGUGGCCUGCCUAUCAAAAUAUAUGGGCGGAUGAUUCCAUGUAAGCAUGUUUUCUGCUAUGACUGUGCUUUAAUGCAUGAGAAAAAGGCAGAUAAACUGUGUCCAGGAACACUUGUUGAAGAAAGUACUGACACCUUUAAGCGUAUGAGUUGCAAUGAUCCCGUUCAACGCAUUGAGCAGUGUGCACGUGGCUCUCUCUUCAUGUGUAGCAUUGUGCAAGGUUGCAAGAGAACAUAUUUAUCUCAAAGAGAUCUGCAGGCACACAUUAACCACCGUCACAUGAGAGCUACCAAGCCAACUGCCCGACCUCAGCCUGAGCCAAUCCAUCCUCCUUUGGCCCCACCCCCAGCAGAAAUCCCAGAUCGCUUUAUAAUGCCCCCAGAUAAGCAUCAUCUAAGUCAUAUGCCUCCAAAACAACAUAUAUUGAUGCCACCUCCCCCAAUGCAACAUGUUCCUCAUGAGCAUUUCAGUCAACAACAUGAUGAUAUUCGGCCCUCUCCAGCAGAAAUUUCCUUAGCCCCGCCUCCACCCCGCUCUGUUAAUCAGGAUGCUUUCAGGAUAUCUACUAGACAGCAUAGCAACUUAAUCACAGUGCCUAUUCAGGAUGAUUCCAAUUCUGGUGCCAGAGAAACUCCUCAGGCACCUGGUCCUACUCUACAUCAUCCAGAGUAUCCAGGCCAACCAGUGGUGGCUCAUCCUCACCAUAUAAUGCCUCCACAGCAGCACUAUGCUCCACCCCCUCCACCACCCCCUCCAAUCAGUCAUCCAAUGCAACACCCUCCUCAGGCAGCUGGGACACCUCACAUGGUUUACAGCCAAGGUCCUCCACCACCAAUGACAACUGCUCCACCACCAAUAACACCCCCACCGGGACAUAUAAUUGCUCAAAUCCCACCAUACAUGAAUCAUCCUCCUCCAGGACCUCCGCCACCACAACAUGGUGGUCCACCAGUUAAUGCUCCUCCUCCUCAUCAUUAUAAUCCUAGUUCUUUGCCUCAGUUCAAUGAAGAUCAAGGAACUCUAAGCCCUCCCUUCACACAACCUGGGGGAAUGAGCCCUGGGAUGUGGCCUGCUCCAAGAGGACCACCGCCACCCCCCCGAAUGCAAGGGCCUCCUUCUCAAGCCCCUAUUCCAGGACCUCAUCAUCCAGAUCAGGCCAGAUACAGGCCGUAUUAUCAAUGAAAUACUUAUGCUGAACUUGCUAGAUGUAAUCUUUUGCUUCAGCUGCAGGUUUAUGGUAAUGUGUAUACAGUCUCUUCAGUUGUGGCUUUCCCUUUUUGGGGGUGUUGUAAGCAAAAAACACAAUUUCAGUUGAACUACAUGUUCUGAAAAUUUUGACUUUAAUCAUACAGUCAGAUUUGUGUUUUUUUAGAUUUUGACAAACCGCCAUCUUAAGAUUAUAACUUCUGCAUUUCCUAGCAAGUGUCUCAUUUUAAUGAUAUGUUACACCCAAUGUAAUAUAAAUGUAAGUAUAUGUGUACAGUAGUAGUUGUUUUCCUUGAGUUGUAAGAUAUAACAAGUAACCGCUGUAUAACAUUGUAGAAUUUUUACAGCCAGUAAAAAACUUGGUUUGUAAGAUUAAAUGUUCUGUUUUAUUAAUAAUAAAAAAAUCUUUAUAGUCUGAUUUACAAGCAAACUUCAUAGCGGAUAAUGGCACUUACAUUGAUUAGAAAGUAGGCUGUUUAUUCUGUCAGCUAGUGUCUGCCUUAUUGAGAAUUAAAAUAUUAGUUUGUAAAUAGGGUUCUGACACAGCAGACAAUGGAAAUGGAAUAGCACGGCAACAGUGUUUGCCAUUCACUUUGAAUAUCAGGAGUUUGUAGCAUUUUGUUCGCUGGUUUGGCAAAAUGCAACAAAUCUAUUAGUCUGACAUUACCUUUAUUCUGUAUAAUAUGCCUUUAUUCUGUAUAAUAUGCUUUUGUAACACUAAAACUUAGAGCCUAUGUGAUAAGUGGAGCUCACCACAUGGAAGAUGGGUGCUAGAGGUUUGGGGAAUACUGCUAUAAUUUUGUAAGGAAGGUCCUACAUUGAUGCAAAAAAAUCAUGGUGGUAUAAUAUCAAAAUACUAAAUGUUUGAAAGUAAAUGUUACAUCUGGGAUGUUGGGGGGAAAUGAACUGUACCACCAUGUACAUUAUUUGCCAUUCUUAAAUAGUCUUAAUUGUAAAUGUUCAUAAUAUGACCAGUGCUUACCAACAUACUGAACAUUAAAUGUGACACACAUCUGAUGCAAUACAGCAAUAA